AUGCUUUCAUAUUUCUUGCAAAUAAUGAAACAAGAUGGUGGUUCUCUGAAUGUACAACUCCUGCAAACGUUGAAUAUUUUAUUUGAAAAUAUUCGACAUGAAACUUCUCUCUACUUCCUCUUGAGCAAUAAUCAUGUCAACUCGAUAGUUACACAUACUUUUGAUUUCACCAAUGAGGAAAUAAUGGCGUAUUAUAUUUCAUUUCUGAAGACACUUUCUUUCAAAUUAAAUCCGUCGACUAUACACUUCUUUUUCAACGAGGCGACGGAGGAAUUCCCUCUCUUAACGGAAUCUCUGAAAUUCUUCGAUUCAAGCGAGAGUAUGGUUCGUAUAGCUGUACGUAACAUUGUUUUGAAUAUUGUUCGUGUUAAUGAUCCAUCCAUGACGGCCUUUGUGAAAGGCGCAACUAAAGUGUACUUGUAUAACUUGGUUGAUAGCCUCGUCACACAAGCAAUAGAGUUAGACACUUUCGUGAGAUCGGCUGAGAAUGUUAUAGCGAACAGAGAACUGCUUAGACAAAAAGUUGAUGAUCUUAUCGACCUGUUGCAUUAUAUGGGAGAGUUGUUGGAGGUUGCUGCUAUGGCCGAUUCUUUGUCUUCAUUGAUCUGCUCACGGUUCCUCAUUCCACUUCUCCUGAAUAGUCUCGCCCCUAGACGUUAUAAUAAUGCUAUUCUGCUGACGCCAGUUUCCAGCUUCUUCUUUUUCGCCGAGUUUUUGUUGGUCAUUUCUCACCGGGAUACGAUACAGACAUUUCUUUCCGCUUUCCUAUUCGAAGAUGCUUCAAUUCUAGCUACCCAUUGGGUCAGAGAUGGUGAUAUGCACAGCUUGCAGCCCGUGGCGCGACCGCCUAGAACUGAUGCAAGAGUAUUCUUCGAUGCUCUGUUGUGCGCUUUUGAUUCGAGCAAAAAUGAUGAUUAUCUGUCUUUCUAUGGUCUAAUGCUCAUCU